AAUUGUUGUGAUAAACUUAUUAAAUAGAUCGCUAAAAUGGUUUCUCUGACAAUGCAGAAACGACUGGCCGCCUCUGUGCUCAAGUGCGGCAGGAACAAGGUCUGGCUGGACCCGAACGAGGUCAACGACAUCUCCAUGGCCAACUCGCGCCACACAGUCAGAAAGUUAGUUAGGGAUGGUCUGAUCAUCAGGAAGCCAUGUGUGGUGCACUCCAGAUGGCGGGUGCGACAGAGACUGCUGGCAAAGAGGAAGGGACGUCACUCCGGACCAGGAAAGAGGAAGGGAACCAAGGAGGCCAGAAUGCCCAGCAAGGUGCUAUGGAUGAAGCGGGUCAGAAUCCUCCGUAAACUGAUCCAAAAGUACCGAAAGGCAAGGAAGAUUGACAAGCACCAGUACCACAGCCUGUACUUGAUGAUCAAGGGAAACGCCUUCAAGAACAAGCGAGUGCUGAUGGACCACAUCCUGAAAGAGAAGGAAAAAGCGAUGCGACUGAAGAAACAGAACCAGCAGGCAGAGCACUUCAGGGCACUCAAGAAGGCCAAGGUGAUGAAGCGACGAGAGAAGAAACUGUCCCAGUCAGAAGCGGAGAAGAAAGCAGCCGCUGCUGCAGUCUCGGGAACGGCAAGUGCAGCCGGAACUGCUUAAAGCAGACCAUAAAUGCAGACUCACCAGCCACUCACUCAUCAGUUAAUUUUAUGUAUCUGCCAAUAUUGGUAUGGAAUUGAAGUUUUGAUGAGA